CGCGAGAAAUUGCGACAGGCCAGUGAGACAAAUUUAGCCAAGACCAACGAAAUUCUGAACCGAAUCGCAGGAGACUCUCGAUUCUCGGCGGAGAGCAAACUGUUGCUGCUGAUUCUGGUGGUGCUGCCACUGGGCCUGAGCCACUCGGUGGCUGUGGUGGCGCUGGUGGCGGUGGCAGUUUUUGUUUGGCGGGUGGCGGUGCCAAAUGAUGAUCAUGACCGCGUAGAGACGCAGAUAAAUAUAAUUGAAACACCAGCAAACUAUAAGCAAGUAAAACCCGAAGACGCCACCAUAGUGCGGGCAUUGUGUAACUGCAACCAUAUCGGCAUCGUCAACAUGAACAAAACGAUUCUGCACUGGAGCUACCUGAACUUCAAGGAUGUGCCGAUGGAUCUCUUCCUCUACGAGGAUCUCGAGGAGGUCUACCUCAAGGAGAACUUCAUAUCGGUGAUCCCCAAGUGGCUGCUGAACAUCACGACCCUCAAGUUCAUCCAUCUGGCGGGCAACAAUCUCAGCGAACUGCCCACCGAUAUCUAUAUGCUGGAGAACCUUGAGUUUCUGGACGUUUCCAACAAUGAGCUCACGGAGCUGCCCCCCACCCUAGGUCUCCUCCUGUGUCUCCAGCAGCUGAAUGUGUCGGGCAAUCAGCUCACCGAACUUCCAGUGGAACUGAGCAGCUUGCGCAAUCUGGAGCACCUGAACAUCGCCAAGAAUCAAUUUCGCCGACUGCCCAUACAGCUGAGCGAGUGCGUCCGCCUGAACGAGCUGAAUGUGAGCGACAACGAGGCACUGCUCCACAUCCCCGAGCGCAUCGCCAACCUGCCCAUGCUGCAGUCCCUCCUCGCCGAUCGCUGUUCUCUCGUCUACCUCCCAGCCGCCCUCUCCAAGUUCAUGAACCAUGUGCGCAUCUUUCACAACACAGCCAUCAACUACAUACCCAUGGUCUACGAGAGGUUCUACCAAAAUUUCUACGACAACCGACAGAGAUGCACCCCCAUUGCCGUUAAUCGCAAGGGUCUGUUUUGGGUGCGCGAGCUGGAGACCAACUCCAGAUUGGUACUUCCGGUGGGCACCCGCACAGUAUUUCCGGUUCCCUCGGUGGAGAACAGGGUCACACUCUACGACGACUGUCUGCACGCCCUGCAGUCGUUGAAUCGCUCCUUGCCCGUCUACGAGAACGCCGCCCUGCACCACCUACUCCCGGAACCGUACAUCAGUUCCCACAUCAACAACGGAGCCAUCGCCCGCUGCACGAAUUCCACCUGUUCCAGAUGCCUGUACACCUCGUACUACUUCAUGGUCGUGAAGAGGCGUGGCAGCACUUCCAAGCAGCUCUUCACCUGCAAUUUCUGCACCAACCGAUGCGCCCUUCUCUGGCUGACGAGCAAUGACAAAAAGUACUACCAAUUGACUUGGCGAGUGUCGGAUGAUGAUGACGACGAUGAUGAAGAACACGUGUCCGAUGGCAAGUAGAGCCAAUGGAGUUCGACCGACCUCGUUGUAUAUAGUCAUACAUACAUAUAUAAUUAUUUAAUUAUUAUAUUUAAUUACCAUUAAUUAGUUUUGUACAUGUCAUGUUAAUGCUAUUGAACUACUGGCAACCGGCGCCAUUUGUCCAAAGAGAAAG